AGGGAUGCUUUUAUUUUAGGGGGUUAAGGGAGGAGGGAGAGCAGAAGUGUCCCUAUCCUGAGUCUCCCGUCUGGCCCAGAGGAGCAGGUAUUGGGGUGGGGGUGGGGGAGCAAUGGGAAUAUCCCAGACAGGCUCCAUGGGGCCGAGGCACAGCCCGGAGGAGGUGGCUCUCAGAGCUGUGAGACCCGGAGUGACUCGAUGACUGACCCCGGGGGAGAGCGAGCAAGCUUGUUUUGAUGACGAUGGCAUCGGGGCUUUCCACCCCCUUUCCUUAGUCCCUGGGGCGGGUAGUGCUGGGUCCUACGGGAGGAACAGGCAAAGACUAAGCGAGCCAGGGUUCAGCUUUCCUCUCUAAACUUCCUCGCUUACACAGGAGACAGGCGGUGCUGCUUUGAGGGAAUGGAACUAGUUGCUGUCUUAUUUCAAGCCCUGCCAGAGUGAGGUGUUUGCUUGGGGCUUUGGGAAUCACGGUUAGUUUGUCACUGAGGAGUGGUCAUUCCUUCACAGUGAAUCACACAAGUAGGCUUGAUGAGGCUCCCUGAGAGGCUUCCUGCCUCAAGCCAGACUGACUCAACUUGUUGUCUUCCAAGCUUGUGUCAGUAUAGACAUGCCAAGAGCAAACUCGCCACUUGGCUCUCUUCCCUACGUGGAUAACUUCUGUAUCAGAAUCGUCACUGCUGACCUUUGGAAUCCCAGGCUUGCUUCUCCAGUUCCUGCUGGAUUUUGAAAAUCUUGGAGUUUCCAGCCGUGCCAAGUGUUGGAGAAAUUUUUCUGCCCCUCUGAGCGGGUGAACUGAGCAAAAGCAACCCAGUGGGAGGCUAUUAAAGAGUGCAAUCAUAGGUUUUGAAAGGUGACAAUGAAAUGUGAAGAAGUUUUGCUUCUAAUAUGAUACUUGAAAAUUAGUGACUGCUUGCCAAAUUUCCAUGAAAAUUAAAUAUGACUUAGAAGCAUUGAUUUAUGAAGGUUUAUGAUGUCAUCGGUUGCAACAGGAAGCAAACUCCAGCAGGCUAUGAGCCUGCAGGGAGUUGACCCCGAAACUUGCAUGAUUGUAUUUAAAAACCACUGGGCACAGGUUGUGAAGAUCUUAGAGAAGCAUGACCCCUUGAAGAACACCCAGGCCAAAUAUGGAUCCAUCCCCCCAGAUGAGGCCAGCGCCGUGCAGAAUUACGUAGAACACAUGCUCUUCCUGUUGAUUGAGGAGCAAGCCAAGGAUGCCGCGAUGGGGCCAAUUCUGGAAUUUGUGGUCUCUGAGAACAUCAUGGAGAAACUCUUCCUUUGGAGCCUGAGACGGGAAUUUACGGACGAUACUAAAAUUGAGCAGCUAAAGAUGUACGAGAUGCUGGUCACCCAGUCGCACCAGCCUCUGCUGCACCACAAGCCCAUUCUGAAGCCCUUGAUGAUGCUGCUGAGCUCUUGCUCAGGGACAACCACCCCGGCCGUGGAGGGCAAGCUGGUUGUCCUGCUCAAUCAGCUCUGUUCCAUCCUUGCCAAAGAUCCAUCCAUUCUGGAACUCUUCUUCCACACAAGUGAGGACCAAGGGGCGGCCAAUUUCCUCAUCUUCUCCCUUCUGAUUCCUUUCAUUCACCGAGAGGGGACCGUAGGUCAGCAGGCCCGGGAUGCCCUGCUUUUCAUUAUGUCUCUCUCUGCCGAGAACAGCAUGGUGGCCCAUCACAUCGUGGACAACACCUACUUUUGCCCAGUACUCGCAACCGGGCUCAGUGGUCUGUACUCUUCCCUGCCUACAAAGCUGGAAGAGAAAGGCGAGGAGUGGCACUGCCUUCUGCAGGACGACUGGCUCCUCCUCCCUGCUCUGGUGCAGUUCAUGAACUCCCUGGAGUUUUGCAACGCCGUCAUACAGGUUGCUCACCCUUUGAUUCGUAAUCAGCUGGUAAACUAUAUUUACAAUGGGUUCUUGGUACCAGUGCUGGCUCCUGCUCUCCAUAAGGUGACUGUGGAGGAGGUCAUGACCACAACUGCAUAUUUGGACCUUUUUCUGCGGAGCAUCUCCGAGCCAGCACUACUUGAGAUCUUCCUCCGUUUUAUCCUGCUGCAUCAGCACGAGAAUGUCCACAUCCUAGAUACUCUCACGAGCCGAAUCAACACCCCAUUUCGGCUCUGUGUGGUGUCCCUGGCAUUAUUCAGAACUCUCAUCGGCUUACACUGUGAAGAUGUGAUGUUACAACUAGUUUUAAGGUAUCUGAUUCCUUGCAAUCACAUGAUGCUGAGUCAGAGGUGGGCUGUGAAGGAGAGAGACUGUUACUCUGUUUCUGCGGCCAAGCUCCUUGCCCUGACCCCUGUCUGCUGCUCCAGUGGCAUCACCCUGACGCUUGGGAACCAAGAGAGGGAUUAUAUCCUCUGGUCAAAGUGUGCGCACGCUAGUUCAGGGCCCGUGGAGCAGCCCCGCCCUGUGGCACUCUCCCCGUCGGCCUGCAUCGUGGAGUACGGCAAAGCCCUGGACAUCAGCUACCUGCAGUACCUCUGGGAGGCCCACACCAACAUCCUGCGCUGCAUGAGGGACUGCCGGGUCUGGUCCGCCCUGUACGACGGAGACUCCCCUGACCCUGAGACGUUUCUCCAGGGUCUGACAGACGACAGCGCCAUCCAGCCCGCCUACCCUGUGUUCGGGCUCCCGCAGCCGCUCCCCAGGAAGGCGGGGCCUCCGCUGGCUCCGAGAAAGGACAAGAGUCAGACGGAACUGGAGUGGGAUGACAGCUAUGACACCGGGAUCUCCUCAGGUGCGGAUGCGGGCUCCCCUGGGCCUGACAACGAUCCGGAGACUUCUGGCCCGCCGGUGCCGAUCGAUCCCCCCAAACACAUCCAGGAGAUGAAGAAGAACGCCAUCCUGCUCUUCAAAGGGUCCUACAUCGAAGAGUCCGACUUUCAGGACGAUGUGAUGGUGUACAGGUUGUGUGCGGAGAAGGACUCUGAGGACGCUAGGAAUUCACAGGAGGAACCUGCCCGGCCUCCAUCCCAGGGCCAGCCCGAGGGUCAUGGUCCCCACGUGAACAACGGUCCCCUGCCCAGCCCUCAGCCAGACACAGACUUAGAGGAGGAACCUCACACGGACACCUCGGACCUGGCUCAAAAUGCGUCCAAGGAACCAAAACAAGAGAAUGAGCCUGAGGUGGCCCCGGAAUCGAACUCAGAGUCAGCAGCCCCUGUCCCCGGGGUGGAGCACAGUUCAGACCUGACGGCUGUUAGCCCAGAGCGGGAAGACUUCAUUGCCCAGUAUGACCAAAUCAUUAAAGAACUGGAUUCUGGCACCGAGGGCUUCAUAGAGCACAGUUUCUCCUCACCCGAUGCCUCGCUCCUCACGGAAGAGCAAGAAGGGGAGGAAGAGGAGAGCAAGGCAGAAAGGGAGGAGGAGGAGGAGGAGGAAGAGGAGGAGGAGGGGAAGAAGGAACUGGAAGAGGAAGACGACUUUGACUCUUUUAUCGCAGAGGCUCCUGCCGCAGAGACCCUGCCGUCCCCAUUUGGGGUGAGAGACGAGAAGGCCUUUGCCUGUCACUAUCCCACGAGGACUCAGAGCACGCCGUUCACAGGCCCCUUCAUCAGCGUGGUCCUGUCCAAGCUGGAGAACAUGCUGGAGAACUCGCUGCACGUUAAUUUGCUGCUUAUUGGGAUCAUCACUCAGCUAGCCAGCUACCCCCAGCCGCUCCUGCGUUCCUUCCUCCUCAACACCAACAUGGUCUUCCAGCCAAGUGUCCGUUCUCUCUAUCAGGUCCUAGCAUCUGUGAAAAACAAGAUUGAGCAGUUUGCCUCUGUGGAGAGAGACUUCCCAGGGCUCCUCAUACAAGCCCAGCAAUACCUGCUGUUCCGGGUGGACAUGUCCGACAUGACCCCAGACUCACUAACCAAAGAUCCCAUUCAGGAUGCUUCCAGGACAGGAACUGGCAAGAACCUUUUGGAUGGUCCCCCAAGAGUGCUUCAGCCCUUCCUGACAAACAGAGCCAAGGUGGCCGGGGUGCCGCCCAGCCUGCCGCUGCCCGUGAGGAACACCAUGCUGGCCGCUGCCCUCUUCCCUGAGUUCCUGAAGGAACUGGCCGCCUUGGCCCAGGAACACUCCAUCCUGUGCUACAAGAUUUUGGGUGACUUUGAAGACUCCUAUUGUUAGCUUUAGCUUUUUUUUUUUUUAAUAGAGGUUCUUGUUUUUUAAGGUUUUAGUAUCUGGACUGAAUGUUAAAUGCAAAGCUGCUUACAAAAAUUUCUACUUUGAUAUUUCCUGAAAAUACUUGAUUUACGGGGAGGGGGAUUUUCUGGACACCUCCUCUCUCUAGCCGGGUCUUUCCACCCUACGUUAUAUAGAAUGUAAGUCUCAUAAGCUGGUGGCUCCUGUGGCAGGUUUUCUACACUCAGUUUUUCCAACUAAAAUUUUUUUGGUGGUUAUUAUGCUCCCGUCCCUCUGAGUCAACUCAUCUUGCAGCUUAGGUCAUACCAAACGAAUACUGGGGUUCAGUGAUCUCUGGAUGUGCCCCAUGUCAGAAGGCUGGCUCUUCAACAGCAUGUGAAGAACACACACCUACUCCUGUUGCCUUCUGCGCGUGGGCUUCCAUGUUAUAAAAGGAAAGGAUAAAGAUGGAGCCCCCUUGCCUCCAUCACGGAAGCACAUGUCAUAAGGCCUUUUGCCUUCUACUUCCCAGACUUAGGUUCUGCCCACCUGCCUUCUGGUGUGGGCGCGUCAUUGGUCUCUGCUACCUGCCUGGGAAGUCAGAUGUGGGUGGAGGGAACUUGGAACACAGGGAUAGUUUCUUGUUGUUUGAGAGAUUUCAUUUAAUCAGUGUAUUGCUACUUAAACACUGAAAAUAGCCUUAGUUUAGUAAGAUUUGCACAAAGCGAAAUGUACCUAUGCAAACUGUUACUUUGGUUUUCAGGAGUUUGAUCAGAUAGAGAAAGCGUGGUAUCAUGUACUUAUAUAAGAAGACAAUCAUUAUUUUUUAAAGUGUUUUAUGAAAAACAAGUUAAUUUGUGAAGCUAUUUCAUAGUGGGUUUUUUUUUUUUUGGCAUGGGGGGAGUAUGGAGGGGGGAGGGGGUAAAGGAUAAAGGUAAACUAAAUGUAAUGUGUAAAAGCACUGGUAGUUAAUCUUAAAUUCUGUUUGCUUUUUCUAGUAUGUUGCACUUUGUAGAGAACCAGGUACUGUUCAGCCACUCUGGGGAGUGGGAUGUAAAUCCCAGGGAGCGCUGCCACGCCAAGUGCCUGCUGGUGCCUCAGUCCACACAGAGGUGCCACCUUCUGAGUAACAGGGUUCAUUAGGAGGCCCUAGUGUGCUGUAUUAGUGCCUUUCUGCUGCUUGUCAGCCUGCUCCAAGGGGCAUCAUUAUACAUAGAGCCACAAUCUCCUUACACAACCACCAAAAGGGGGAAACACAAAAUAAUCGUGGGCUAAAUACGAGACCCUAAACAGCUGAUAUUUAUGAAUAUUCAAUUCCACUCCCCUCUAUUCUGGGCAGGUAAGAAGCACAUAUAGAGGACAUGCCUCACUGUUUGGAGGGAAGACGGACGCCCCAGCGUGCGCACGUCUUCUCCCUUCUCCUUUCUCUCUUCUUCUCCCUUCUCCCUCUCCCUCUCUCUCUCUCUCUCUCUCUCUCUCUCUCCCUCUCUCUCUCUGUUUCCCUCUCCCUCCCUCUCCCUUCCCCUCCCCAGAUAUCACUGCUGAGCACUCCUAGGGUGGGGGGCAGCCACAGGUCUGGUGGCUGUGUCUCAGGAGCAUUGUUUUGGUUUAAAUCAGGCCCCUAGUACAGGCGGUCAGUGGAGUAAAGAAUCACAGGAGACCCUGCAGAGCAGAGGCUGCCCUUUUGUGGUUCAGGGAUCUCAAAGCAGCUUUGUAUUGAGAGAGAAGGCCAGCCUGUGGAGAGACCUGGCCUGGGCUGGGCGCCUCCUAAGAGCCAGCUUCACAGUGUUUUUGAGUCUGAGCAAGAAACCAAAGAUACCACUUCAUUGUGCAUUUCUGACUUCAAAUUUGUCUGUUUUGAAAAACGCUUGGCUCAGCUGUGGCGCAGCAUCCAGGACCUCUGAGGCCCAGCAAACGGGCCUGCUCGUGGCUCCCUGGUGCCGGCUUGCAUUUGCACAGCCCACAGGCCUCCACUGGAAAAGAAGGUGGCUUACGGGAGCAAAAGAGGAACAAAAAGAUGGAACUGAAGCUGUAAGUUAUCCUCUUCGUUUUGCACAAGUAUUUGUCUUCCAGUUUGGACUUACCAGGUAUAUAAAAUGCUAAACUCAUGCCUGGCAACUGUAUUCUUUAGCUUUUAGAUUUGAUUUGCACUUCUCUCCAUUAUCUGGUGAUGGCGUUGAUUCUUCUUGAGUCCAUAAAGCUUUAUUAGAGAACACCAUCGUUCCCUUUGUGGAAGGUGCCCCUUGGGAAAGAGACUGAUUUUGUGCCUCAUAGUUUUUCAAUAGGCUCCAAAGGAGACUUCCUUUAAAGGAGGACGGAGGUGAGCAGAGUGUGGAGUGAGAGGCAGGAACCCUAAUUCCCAUGGGGAGUGGGGGUUGGGUGGGAAACUAAUGCUGAUAACCCUCUCUGUGUGGGGCUGGAAACUGGCUCAUAUAUGUGAAUCCACUGCAGCCCUCCUCUCGGGUAUUGUGUCCAGGGCUUUUAAAAAUAAAGUCAGAAAAUUGACCCAGAAAUACCUUAUAGAGAACCAGAAAAUCCAUGUGGUUGAGUGGAACAGCCAGGUAGGUUAGGUAAGGAUGGCUCAGGGAAUGGUGUGGACAUGCCAGAGGAAAAACAGCAGAACUCCGAGGCUAUAAACAGGAGAAGAGCAAACCCUGGGGGGUCUGGAGGAAUGAUCAUUGAUCUCUAGCUAAGACGACAUUGUACUGCAGCUGGGUGACAAUGGGACCUCCUGGGUAGGAAAAGAAAUCCUGGUAAUGAAGUAGAAUAUUCCAGUCAUCAAGUAGUAGGUGAGGCCCUUAGAAAUAUCUUUUUUUGUAAUGAGUUUUGGGGAACAAUUUGAAGAUAUAUGUGGCAUGCUUUAAAAUGUGGCCCAGGAGUGUGGACACUUUUUCACGUGGACGGGCUCCCAUGUCAAACGCGGUGCUACUUGUGGGAGACACAGCGGACGCAGCUCCUUUGGUGCAGCCCCUGAGGUUGGCAUCACUGUGUCCAGCCGAUCGGCCUGGGCAGUCAAGGCUUCCUGGGGCAUCACAACAUUGACCCCAAUUCCUAAGUCAGGGACUGAGGUCAAGUUCCAGAUGGAGUGAAUUGUGUGGUUCACUGUAAUAUGAGAGCACUGGGAUAUUUAAAAUUGAUUUUUGGAAAUGGCCAAGGAAAUGUUUUUAUAAGUUUUUAAACAGAGAAAUUUGAGGUUAGCCUAAAAUACAAUUUAAUGGGGGUAAAUUAUAAUUUCUCAACCAUGAAAUGGGGAUGCUGGAGUAACCAAUUUGAGGUGGGAUUUUUAUCAAUAGAAACUUCCCUUUCCUGGUCUUUAGAGAGUUAUGAAAUUGUCCCCCUUUUCCUGUUAUUUUGGCAAGUCCUUUGAUGUGCUGGGGUUGGAACUGAUGUCUGUCACCUGUAGGGAGGAUGCGUUCAGUUCUUUUAUGGGUCCUCAGCAGUAUUUUUCCUUAGCAAGUGGCUUUCAUUUAGGUCCCAUACAGUUGUUGGUUUUCAAUCCAUUAAGACAGCACGGAGCCCUGGUGUUGUCAGGAGAGCGUCCUCCUAGGAGUAGGAUCUAGAAACAGGAUACGUGAAUACUCGGGGUGCCUAUUCAAUUUGGGCAGCCAGUGGUGGUCUGGGUUGAAAGCUGUUUUUGAUGUCUCUGAGACAGCUUGGUUGUAGCGGUCGUGUGGGUUGAUUUCCACAUCCAUUUAGAGGUUUGGGGUUGCAGUAGGGCUGCACGUUCUGAAUCUGGAUCAGUGUGUCUAGGUUGCUUUCAUGAGACAAGUGCUGCCCGAGCAGCGGUGGGACAUGUCACUGGUAUGAUGUUAAAUGUCUGCAGCAUACGCUCCAGUUCUCAUUUAAGGGCAGUUCAAUUUAAUUGCUAAUUACCAGCCCUGUAUUUACUGAAAUGGCUGUCAUGCUUGCUAUUUUUAUGAAACAGCUUACUGUAGGGCAGCUAUUACUGCACGUGCUACUUCUAGUCAUUGGUCCAGGCCAGUGUCAUCUGCGGCUCGCUGCGCAUCUCAGGCAGCUUUGCAGUGUUAGCUCUUCCUGGAAACAGCGGUCUGCUGGUAGCUAAGUCAUUAGGAAGAUAUUCUCAGGCCCCUUCGUGCUUCAACCAUCAGCCUAUAAAUCACACGGCACUAAUUCUCCAUUAAAUAACAGCUUAAAACAGAACACUGUCAAGCCAGUUUAUACUCCAUUCUUAAAUCACAUAACUGAGGAAACAUUUUAAGAAAAUGGAGUUGACUUUUUUUCUUUUUGAAUUACCAUCAUAUAAGCCUCAUUUUUUUUUUUUCUUUUCCUAAGAGUGAGCUCUGGGAACAUGAAUUGUUUUUUGGGCUUUAGCAGAAGAUUUCUGGUGAGGUUCUGUAGAGAGGAGCGCAGGGAGAAGGUGGGGGGAGCCUUGAGUUCUUUGGCCUCUGUACUUAGAAUCCUAAACAGGCGAUGACUGACCCUUCCCAUCCCGUGGGAUCCCUGUGAAUCUUGUUCCUGUUUUACUACAUGGAAGUCACUCUAACUCACUGUCACCUACACAGGUAACAAGACUGCCAGUAGGUUCUGUCAGCAUGAGUGUGAUACGUAUUACAGGCAUCUUUUAGGGAACUUGGAUUUACUCUAUCAUUUCAGAACCUGACAAGGAUGAUGGAAGCUCUUAUGCCAGAUUAUAAAUUUCAUGGAGCUGAGGCUGUAGAAGUCUGUGCUUCUUAGUGUGUCAGCCGACUUUUUACUGGGACAAGUCUACAAAAGGCCCAUUUGUAACAAGGCUCUCUUCACAGAUAAUCCACGUGCAUUUGUCUGCAAUCUGAAGAGGCAUGGCAGCCGUUUCCACACUGCCUUUGGUAAUGGGUAAAUAAUAUGGCCUUUCAGAGAUUUAGUGGGGUUUUUUCCCAGUCACUAUGUAGAAUCCUUGCAAUGAUGCAGCUAAAUUCAAUAGGAAUGAAAAAUACAGUAUAAACUGUGGGUCAUGGCCAUAGCUAUAAAUGGAAUUAACCAACUAAAUAAUUCAAAGCUCUAGGAGGGUAUGUAUGUACUUGCAAAAAUUUUAUAGCCUUCUUCCAGAUUAGCAAUAAUUACAAAAAAGAAGGGUGGGGGCUCAGUUAAAACAUCCUUAACUCGGCGUAAAUAAUGGUCUAAGUUCAUUUUCCUGGCCUAUCUACACCUUGAUAGGAAUAGUUCUCUUUAAUGCAUAAGCCUGGACAGAGUCAAGAAGCUCCUUCCUGGACCCAGAUAUCUAGAAUUUAAAAGCCUAGUAAGUUGGCCAUACAAGCCACUCACACAGAGGGGCCCCACAAAAGGCUAUCCAUUAAUUUCAUUUCAUAAAUUUAACGAACUUUUACUAAAUACUUAGCCGGUGUCAGGUAGCAUGCUGAGUGUUGAGGCUGGCAUUCUUACCCUCCCACCAGACCCAACCAGCCAACCUCCUCAAGCAACAGGACACAUGGCUUGGACCUGACCAGGCAGAGCUGGUUCAGGCUGACCUGGGGGAAAGCCAGUUUUCCAGAACAUUCCCCUUCCAGCUUACAGGUGUGUGGAUUGCAUUGACAGAUGGCAAUGGCUUCACCUAUGGUGCCAACUCAUACAUUUUAAUGAGAUUUGCCCCUGAAGAGCAAACCAAAGUCAUACUCAUGCAAAAAAGUAUUUAAAACUGUAUUUCACUGAGGCCCAUUUAUGAGCACAGCCAUACUUUUAGAUAUUCGAAAGAUAUGUUUACAUAACACCCUAAGAAAUUCAUUAGGGUGUUAUGUAAACAUAUCUUUCGAAUAUCUAGUCAGGUUCCAAGUAAGAUAUCUGAGCUGUAGUUUGAUAAAUGUUUUUUAUUAGCAGUUAUAACAUCCUAACAGUCUAAUUUUCAGGAUCUGAGAAAUAGGCAUUCAGGACCACAGGCAGCUGCUCAGAGCUGGACAACAAUUAGCGUGGUAAAGACCAAGUGCUGUAAUGAUACUGGCACGUUUCUCGGGAAAUGGUCAGUCCAUAAUACAGUUUGCACUUGACCUAAGUUUUGAUAAACCAUCUUCCUCUGGCUGCCCCUACUCCAUUCAAGCCUUUGACUUAAAGUGGUCUGGAAAGUGCUUUUGCUUUCUGUAAAGUUUGAUGACUAAGAAGCUAGACCUUUGGUGAAAAUGGAGUUUGUAAAACAAAACUAAACCUUAUUCUUACAAAACAGCAAUUCCUCCAGAAUCCACUGCCCGUCUGUAAUUCAUAGACACUUGUGAGGGGAGAGAACUGACUCUGCCUUUCUGUCUCGAAAUGAGGCUUAAUUAAAACAGUUUACGUUAGCCCAAGUUUUCAGUAUUGUGACAGCACGUGUGAGGGGCACAAGGCUUCCUGGGUGAUGGAACAUAUUCUCAUAAUUCUAAGUUUUUUUUUUAAAGUUGUUUUUUAAACCUUCAUGCUUGUCUGAAAUGGACCAUACAACGCAUUUCCUUUCUGCCUCUGCCUUUUCGGCUGGGUAAGCGGGACGCUCCUCCCAUUAUUCCUAGUGGGGAAGCCCUGUAAUCAUUAAUUGUUAAACUGGCGAUGGGAAGGUCUGCUUUCCCCAGGUCCCCAGCUGCCACUGGAGUGCUGUUCACGAUGGAAACGCUUGUCCUCUCCUUAGGCUGGAGAAUCCAGUAUAAAAUCAAGGCCUCCACAAGAGUUCUUCUCUUAUGUAUGUGAGUCUGACAUGAACUUUUACAAAACAGCAUUUGCAAAACUGGUCUUUAAGCAUUGUGAGUCAGUGGUAACAAAGGCAUAUAAUGAACAAACGGGGCGCCCCAGAAUGAUUGAGAGAAAUAGUAUUAUUGUCAUGAGAACAGGGUGAAGAGACCCAGCCUUCAUGGACACACAGUUAGCUGCAUCACAAUUACUGUUAAAGGUCAAGAUUUUGAUUUACUAGUUUAUAAUCUUAUUCUUUCCAGGCAAAACAAAUCAAUUUAAUGUUACAGUUUAUUCUUCUCUUUAUCUGUUUUUGGCCUGAGGUUGGGGGGGGGGGGAGGAGACUGUCAACUGCACAAUCUUUGAAGUGUAAGUUAAUUUUUUAUGUGAUAUUUCAGUAUAUAUUUUAUUCAUUAAAUUUAUUUGAAAACUUCUGUUGUCUAUUUUACAAAAAAAAAAGAAAUUCAUUUAUUCUCAGACCUCUGCCUCAGACUUGGGACCCACUGGGAGUCGAAUGAGCAGCGUCGCUUUCAGUGGCUGGGUGAACA